AUGGCUGCUGCUCAGGGUGUCAAUGUUCUCCGCUACUCAGCUCUUGUAGCUGGUCUCGUCUACGGAUUCUACCACCAGUCCUCCAUUACCUCCAGCAUCAAGCGUGCCGAGGCCGACCGUGAAUAUGCUCGCCAGGAGCGCCUGAUUGAGCAGGCCAAGGCAGAAUGGAAGAAGAAGACGCAACCCCAAGAUGCCAAGUCAACAGGUGUCAUCUCGGAUCCCGAAGACCCCAAGUUCGACCUAGAGGCGUUCUUGAAGCUAAAGGCUGGUGAGGCGUAA